GCGAGGCGGCGCGCCCGGCUCCAGCGCCAUGGGGCGGCUGCUGGCUCUGAGCUUGCUGGGGGUCGCGCUGGCGCUCCUGGGCGAGAGGUUCCUGGCGCUCAGGAAUCGACUUAAAGCCUCCAGAGAAGUAGAAUCUAUAGACCUUCCAAACUGCCACCUGAUUAAAGGAAUUGAAGCUGGCUCUGAAGAUAUUGACAUACUUCCCAACGGCCUGGCUUUCUUUAGUGUGGGUCUGAAAUUUCCAGGACUCCACAGCUUUGCACCAGAUAAGCCUGGAGGAAUACUAAUGAUGGAUCUAAAAGAAGAAAAACCGAGGGCACUGGAGUUAAGAAUCAGCCGAGGGUUUGAUUUGGCUUCAUUUAAUCCACAUGGCAUCAGCACUUUCAUAGACAACGAUGACACAGUUUAUCUCUUUGUUGUAAACCACCCGGAAUUUAAGAAUACAGUGGAAAUUUUUAAAUUUGAAGAAGAAGAGAAUUUUCUCUUGCAUCUGAAAACAAUCAGACAUGAGCUUCUUCCAAGUGUAAAUGAUAUCAUAGCUGUCGGACCGGCACAUUUCUAUGCCACCAAUGACCAUUACUUCUCUGAUCCUUUCUUAAAGUAUUUGGAAACAUACUUGAGCUUACACUGGGCAAAUGUUGUUUACUACAGUCCAAAUGAAGUUAAAGUGGUAGCAGAAGGAUUUGAUUCAGCAAAUGGGAUCAAUAUUUCACCUGAUAAAAAGUAUGUCUAUGUUGCUGACAUAUUGGCUCAUGAAAUUCAUGUUUUGGAAAAACAACCUAAUAUGAAUUUAACUCAAUUGAAGGUACUCAAGUUGGAUACACUAGUGGAUAAUUUAUCUAUUGAUCCUUCUUCGGGGGACAUCUGGGUAGGCUGUCAUCCUAAUGGCCAGAAGCUCUUCGUGUACAACCCAAACAAUCCUCCCUCAUCAGAGGUUCUCCACAUCCAGAACAUUCUAUCUGAGCAGCCUACAGUGACUACAGUUUAUGCCAACAAUGGAUCUGUUCUCCAGGGAAGUUCUGUGGCCUCAGUAUAUGAUGGGAAACUGCUCAUAGGCACUUUAUACCACAGAGCCUUGUUCUGCGAACUUUAAAUUGUACUUUCGAUAUGCAGGUGCAAUAACUUCUCUUAACAAUUAUUUUUCUAUGAAUCGCUAAUUCUGAGGGAAUUUAACCAGGUGACCCAGAAAUGUAUGGCAUGUAUAGUUAAUUUUAUUUCAGUAAGGAAAGGCCCCUUCAGUUCUUGUAGCACUUUUAACAUAAAAGGAAAAUGAACAGUUUCUUAAAAUGCCCAGGAAGGGAGUAAGAAGAAAACUGCUUUCCAGUAAAGUAAAUACACUUUGCACAAAAUAAGCCUCACCUUUGCCUUCCAACUGCCAGAACACGGAUUCUACUGAAACAGGGUGAGGUGUAUUUCCUUAAAACAGAAGUGACGUCGGUUCCAACACUGUGACUGUGACUGUUCAGAACUACUG